AUGCCAAGUCCUCCAAUUGUGCCCAUAGCUUUCAGUCCAGCUCGAGAUACAGGCAACUCCAGCAGCCCAUCGAAUCUGUCCUCCGAGUCGUCUACGCCAAGUCGUUCACGGAUCUCAAGUCGGGUUUUCAGUGGAAGCGUGAGAGGUUCCAGGACCCCGUCGUUGAUUAUCCCGGUGGUCUCUACAUCGGGAACUGCAGAGGAGCUCGAGAAGGACAACGAUUUAGUUGACAUUGAUGUGAAUCUAAACGACGCAGAAACAAUCCAAGAGACCGACUCGCAACCAGGGUUCUUCAAUGAACCAUCUUCUCCAAAACUACCUGCUCGGCCGCCAGCUACCCCAAAGAGGCCGAACGCCAAUGAUUUCAAACCGGAGUCGCCUGAGGAAUACGGUAUGGAGAGAGUAGAGGGGCUGGAGUUUUCCCCGGCUUCAAUUCAUACUUCCAAGACACGGCAUAGUGCACGCCAUGAUGAUGGAAACGAUAUGGGUGAAACGCUCGAUUCUGUUUUGGGUAAGCACUCCGAUUCUGAACCUAUCAGUGUUCAAAAUGAGAAAUAUUUGAUUGCAAAUAGAGAGAAUCAAAUCAAACAUGUUGUUGCACUGUUACAAAAAGCCAACCUCGUGGUUCCAGAUGGCGUUUAUUUCCAGAAACUGCGCUCAUCAAACUCCUACAUUGAAGUUGAGAGUGAACUACAAGCAGGUUCUUACGAUACAGGAGACUUCCCGACACUUUUCACACUACUAUUGAACUCACUACGAGUUGCUGAAACUGCCUUCUCACAUGCUUCGAAGCUCAACCCACAAACGGAAAAGAAGCUAGAUACAACAAUUGCCGGAUUGCCAUUUUUGGUAAACUCUUCGUCCGAGCAAAAGGCUAGAUUCAAAUCAGAUAUCUCGAGCAUCUACUCUGUACUUGAGACUAUUGGUGAGCUCAGUAUAGAUGAAUACGUAGAUAUAAACACCAAUUCGGUGGCUACAGUGAAUCUAAAUGCUUUGGUUGCUGCAUUUGUGUUUAGGUUUGCAUCUAAGAAUAUACUACCCCAGGCAUUGGUUCUUGCACUGUUGCUAGAUACAUUCAUCGUUAAGGUAUCUGAAGAAUCUAAAGAAUUUUCAUUUUUACUCUUGCGUGCAGUUGAAGAAUCGGACCCGUCGUUCUUCUUAUACGAGAAGAACCCGUUGGGAUAUGUUAAUUCUUUAAUCCAGUCGAACGAGUUUUGGUUGAAUUUGGUUGAACAACUAUUUACAAAUGAUAAGGUCUCUAAUGUGCAUCCAUUGGGGUUAACCAUAACCCUUCGUAAUAUUGUUAUACAUGGAACGAAUUCACUUGUUGAAGUGAUUGUUGGUUUAAAGAAUCAGCUCGAAAUAUUUGGUGGUGAUAUUAGUAAAGUUGAUGGUCCACCUCUUCCUGUGCAUUGUAAUAUACUACGGUAUCACAGGGAGUAUACUAUUCUCAAUGAUUCUGCAGCGUCCCAAUUGACUAGUCAUACUUUAGAGAAACUAUCCGCAAAACACGACGAAUUGGAGUCAAUUUUAUCGAGGAAGAAACACGCGUAUGAUGAACUGUUAAAUAACUAUAAACAGUUGAAUGAGGAAAAGAUGUCAGUAUCUUCCAAAAUUAACAAGCAUAAAGUGGAAAACGAAAAAUUGGCGGCACUCAAACGCCAAUUGGCUGCCCAGGUAGAACAGGCGUUAGGCCAAUUUGACGUGAUAAAGCAAACGAUGGAGAAGAAUCGCCGUGUUCAAGAACUCAAUGAGACAAUGGUAAAGGAGAUCGAUCGCCUGAAGAAGGAAAACAAGAAACUGAAAAGUUGA